AUGUCGCGAACCACUGAAAAUACCCCGCUGCUGUUGGACCCCACAGUCGAUGAAUUAGGAUCCCCGAGUUAUGAACGAUACCUUCGCAUUGUGGAAAGACAUCAACAACGAUGCACCAAAACCAUCUUCAUUUUGACGUGGAGCUCGGCGUUGCUCGCGGUCUUCAUCCUUGUUCUGAACCUGACCCUCAUGUUCAUAUAUCUUGCCCGAUUCGGGGACAUCAGGCCCUGGUCACUAGAGAGUGCUCUAGUUGGCCUCUUUUGCACGCACCUAGCUGCCGGAUUGAUCUCAUUUCUUAAUCUAGCUCGCCUGUAUCUCUGGAACCGACCUAUCUGGCUCUGGUUAAACCUGAUCCUGGACCUCGCCAUUGCCAUAUGCUCAAUCGAUUUUGCUGUAUCGAUGCUGAACCCCGACAACCUCAGGUGGGACGCAGAUAUACCCCUAUGGCUCGUCUGUAUCGCCCAGGUCAUAUUCUGUUUGGCUGUGGUGUUCGGACUGAUUCACUGGGCUCUGUUCCUCGUGCGAUGCUUCUUGUCCUUCAGCUACCGGCCCUGGCGUGAAUAUCGUAAUUGGACGUUGCCCCGUGGGCGCUUUAGCAUUGAGUUCAAGGUGCAAUUCAUUCGACACUCGGACAACGUCGAGGCGUCGCCCGACACGACUGCCUCUCACACCGGAAUCCAGGCAGAAGUGGCGGCGCAGAGGGUUUAA